UAAAAGAGCCAGUACAGAUUCAUCAGUUUCAUAGACAAAGACAAAAACUUGUCUUUUCUUUUCCUUUCCUUUCAUCAGAGAGAGAGAGAGAGAGAGAGACAGAGAAUGUGUAGAGAGAGAGAAACAGGGAGUAUGGAAGAAAGCAGAGAGAGCCAUCCUCUGUUGAGAAGAGGAAAGAGAGAGAGAAACAACAGCAGCAGCAGCUAUAGCCAUGGCUUCUCUACAUCCCAGAUCCAAUCCCUUUCUGCCAUCUGUGAAGCUCUCAUUCCUUCUCUCCCACUCCCAAACCAUGUCCACUCCAAUCAACACCCACAACAAUCCCAAUCCCUCCAUUCCUUCUACCAAUCUUCUGCGUCUCAUCCUCCAUUCCCUGAUGAGGUUGCAGAGCUGUUGGUGAAGAGGGCUUUGUCAGAAGGUGUGGUGAUAGUGAGCCUUGUUCUAAAGACUAUUUCAACAAGAUUGGGAACACUUUUGCUUUGUGGGUUUCUUUGCCUUGAUUGGAGAUGGCCAUUCAUACACAAUUUCUCUGAAAUUUCUUUGCCCAAAAGGGAGAUUAUCCUUCAAAAAUGGUCAAAACAGAGAUAUUUCGUCCCCUUGAGAAUAGUAUUUGUGUUGAUUAAAAUCCUAUGUUUCCUCAUCUUUUUUUCUUGGACUGAUGAAAAUUCAAGAAACCCGGUAUGGGAAGCAAUCGGAUACAAGGUAGACACCACAGAAAAUUCAAAAAAACCUCGAAAAGAGAGACCUCUUGAAAAGGGUAUUAUAGAAACUAUGAUGAAAAAUGACUCUACCCUUGUUCAAUCUCUCACCCAAAAAGGCCUUGAAGUCACAGAAGAUCCAAAUGACAAAACUUACAAGAUCAAAUGUGAUGUUGUAAUUGUAGGGUCCGGUUGUGGUGGAGGGGUUGUUGCUGCUGUUCUCGCUAGAUCCGGCCAUAAAGUCCUUGUCCUUGAGAAAGGGAAUUAUUUUGUCCCGGAAGACUAUUCCGGUCUUGAAGGUCCUUCCUUGAGUGAACUAUAUGAAUCAAGUGGAUUCCUAUCCACACUUGACGGGACAGUAAUGAUCAUGGCAGGAUCAACAGUUGGGGGAGGAUCCGCGGUGAAUUGGUCUGCUUCAAUCAGAACACCGAGCACUGUUAUCAAGGAAUGGGCUGUGGAUCGAAAGAUCAGACUUUUUGGAAGCUCAGAUUAUCUCUCUGCCAUGGAUGUUGUGUGUGACAGGAUUGGUGUAACAGAGGGUUGUGCAGAGGAAGGGUUUCAAAAUCAAGUUCUUCGAAAAGGGUGUGAAAAUCUUGGCUUGAAAGUCGAGUCAGUCCCGAGGAAUUCGUCACAGAAUCAUUACUGUGGUAAUUGCUGUUACGGUUGUAAAACGGGCGACAAGAAAGGGACCGAUUCGACUUGGCUAGCGGAUGCUGUUUGCAAUGGCGCAGUGAUCUUAACCGGAUGCAAAGCAGAGAGGUUCGUAUUGGAAAACAACAAAACCGGGUUGAAAAAGCGCUGUUUGGGAGUCAUUGCAGCAAGUGUGAACAAAAACAUCACAAAGACGCUGCACAUUCAGUCAAGAGUAACAGUUUCAGCAGGUGGGUCUCUCUUGACUCCCCCUCUAUUGAUUCGUAGCGGUUUAAAGAACCCUAACAUUGGCAACAAUCUUCAUCUCCACCCGGUUCUAAUGGCCUGGGGAUACUUCCCAGACUGUGUAUCUCCUAUCAAAGGCAAAAGUUACGAGGGGGGAAUCAUUACUUCGCUUCACAAGGUGGUUUCCGAGGAAUCCAACAUCCAAGCCAUUAUAGAAGCUCCUGCACUAGGACCUGCUUCAUUUGGUGUAUUGAUUCCAUGGGUUUCAGGGCGCGACAUGAAGGACAGGCUGACAAAGUACGCGAGAACCGCUCACAUUUUUGCUUUGGUCAGAGACCAGGGUUCGGGGGAAGUGAAGGCGGAGGGAAGGAUAAAGUACGGGUUAAACAAGGUGGAUAGAGAAAACCUUACUAGGGGUCUGAGGCAGGCGUUGAGGAUCUUGAUCGCAGCAGGAGCGGUUGAAGUGGGAACCCACAGGAGUGAUGGACAGAGAAUGAGAUGUGAAGGGACCAAGGAUGAAGAUUUGGAGGAGUUUCUAGACAAAGUUAAGGCGGUUGGAGGGCCAAAGUCUAGGGGAGAGAAGUGGACCAUGUACUGCUCUGCACAUCAGAUGGGUAGUUGUAGGAUGGGUGCUAGUGAGGAAGAUGGUGCAGUUGAUGAGAAUGGGGAGAGUUGGGAAGCUAAGGGGUUGUUUGUUUGUGAUGCAAGUGUUCUUCCUAGUGCUGUUGGGGUUAAUCCAAUGAUCACCAUCCAAUCCACUGCUUAUUGCAUCUCUAAGAGGAUUGCAGAGUGCUUGAAAGAAUGACAAAAUUCUUUACAAAUGACCUGACACUUUGCAUUGUAAUUUAGUUUUUCUUCUUCUCAAUUGAGUUAGUAAAAUGUUCCCACAUUUGGUAUCACUUAUAAAUCUAUUUAGUGCAUUUUUUGAUAA